GUUUAGAAAUCAAAAUAAUUUCCGAAAAGAGCACCUGCUUGAAUACUAUCCGGAUUCUAGGUAUACUUCGCUUGUCUAGACCCUUGUUUCCACACUGAUAGGAGAGAAUGUCACAGGCCGUCGAUUGGGCCUUGAUCGACAGAAAUGGCCGUAAGUUCACACUUCCACACUCAAUGGUAUUCCUGGGCCGAGAAGAGGAAUGUGACAUAUCCCUACAUUCUCGCAGUGUAGACAAGCGUCAUGCUGUAAUUACACAUGACCACUACGAAAACAAGUUCAAACUGAAAGACCUUGGAAGUCAUAAUGGGACCUACGUAAACGAUGGCAAAGUUUCAGAACAAACAUACGUUACUUUAGAACAUGGGGACACAAUACGGUUUGGUUAUGACCCUAUGGUGUACCGCAUGGAGAGAAUAGAUGAGGUGCCACAUUUAGAGGAUGUCCCUAAUGCAGACAGUCAGCCCCCUAAGGUGAUCUCACCCCACCCUCCAGUCUCCAAAGUACUCUCCCCCACAGAGAAUCUACCUGUGUGGGCCAAACGGGAGCCCAGAGAGACUCAUACUCCGCCAUCUGGACGUCUUGGACCUAGCCAUAUGGCAGAAUGUCAGGGUUGUAUGGUAGAGGGCAGAAUACGUCACACCUGUCAUAUCUCUGAUGACGCAAUUUCGGAUGUAGGAAGUAGUGUUUCUGAUGACGGACAUUUAAAGCACACUUGUAUUGAGCACAGAGACAGUGGCUUUCAUUCUGGGGUAACAUCCCCAAGGAGUCAAGAUUAUAGGGCAUGGCAUGACCCCCGUGCCCCUCCACAAAGAGAUUACCCCACAGGUCCUUCUACAAGGGACAUAAGUUAUUCACAAACUAAUCCAAUGUAUGAAUAUCAUAAUAGAGCUACGCAAGAUCUAAGGGGUCCUUAUGAUGAUAUAAGAGGUUCCUAUCAAACUCAACACCCAAUGAUGUCUAAAUAUCGAGAUCCAUACUCGCCCAGGGGUGGAGAACUUAGGGAUUACCCCCCAGGAUAUAAUACCCCACCAGGCGUCACCCCACGAACAUUUUAUAGGGAACAAAUGGACCCCUUAGAAAGACCACCAGGUCGUAUGGAAAGACAUUAUUAUGAUACGACGCAUCCAAGCUUUCGGCCUGACUACCCACAAGAUUACAGGCACCCACCAGAAUAUUACCAAGUUGAGCCCCACCGACACCCUAUGGAUAGAAGCCCCUAUAGGCACCCCCCAAAUGGGCCUCACCCUGGAGGUCCCCCUCCCCCGGGCACUGAUUAUCGUAUGUACGAUAGACAAUCACAGAUGGAGUAUCCUCCCUCAAGGGACCCACAUCAUACAUUCCCCAAUGAUGUUCCGCAUAGGGACGCAGAUAUGCCUGUGAAACAGAGAGAUAUUACCACCAACAACAAAGAAAACCAGCUCUCUAGUAAAGCUUUGGAGAAUGAGGACUUAGAUGAGGAUAAGGACAUUGAUACACUGAAGAAGGGUACUCCACUUUACGGACAGCCAUCCUGGUGGGGCGAGGGAGACAUUGAUAAAGAACCAACAAGAGACACCAAAGAUGAUGUCAUAAAUGCCAAUGUAGAUACCAAUAACAUUGAGAGGCCAUCUAGUCUCACCCUGGAUAACAAGUCCAACUCUGCGCAUGAUCAAGACUCUAAGUACCAAACUAUAUCUAUGGACAUUCCACAAAAGGACUCUUUAGACACGCCAGAGAGGGCAAAAUACAGAGGAACCCCACCAGAGAGAGACAAUAUAUCUAGAGACAGCUUAGGCUCAAGCUCAGCCAGUGAGGGGUCUAAGCCCAACACAAGCAUGCCUGGCACCCCUGCUAAAACAAUGGACUCUACUAUGUCAAAAUCAGAACCAGCAGAGCCACCUUUAGAGCAUGUUGAGCAUCAACCAAUGGCGUUUACAGUCGAUUUAGGCGAGGAGGACACGAAGAACCCAAGGUUGUCUAUGGGGGAAGGAGUCAGUGCUUUUCUACCCAGUAAAGUAAGAAGGAGUCUUAGGGAAAAGAAAACCAAGAAGGAGAAAGAUGCUACGAGGGAAAUCUCUCCAGUGGAACAAGCAAAACUAACAGAAUUAUGGGACUCUGCAAAUUAUUCCGGUGCUUUGAAAGGUGCUAAAAAGAAGUCUAAAUCCAGUGGUCACGUUUCUGAUGGGAACAUGGAAAAUGGGUCAGACCAUGAUGAUGAGGAUACGAAGCGACCAAAAGGCAAGAAAUGUGAUAUAGGAAGAGACAUGCCACAACCCAAAGUCAGCCAAGGUCAACCUAAAUCAACUAAAACCAGAACAAAUGAGGCCAUCCAAAGCACAACCUCAUCUAGCACUGACUUUCUUAUAAAUAAGAUGUUUGAAAGUUCAAACAAUAGAAUAACUGCCCCAACUAGUAAAGAGCAGCCAACGGAGUAUUCUCUUUACUCUGAAGCUAAGGACUAUGACAACCAAAAAGCAGCCACACUCCCUCGGGCUAAAAAAUCUCGCAGUAAAUCUCCCCGUUGUGAACACUCUGUCGCUCAUCAGGACAACACUGUUGCUGAUGAUAUCGAUAAAACCAGUGAGGCUGGUACAUAUACAAUUGAUCAAGAUUUGAAAGAUCAAAAAGAAGUGAAUGACGCUAGAUCAAGUAUCGAUAAAUAUUUCAAUGUAAAUCCAGAUGAUGAAGACAUUGAUGUUACCAUUCCUAUGUAUAGACCUCCUGUUGAAGGUCAUGAACAUGAAAAAGAGGCUGACCUUGAAAGGUUAGAGUCCAAGAGGUCAGCAGGGGUCAUAGAAAGUAUGGAGGCUGAAGUGGGCAGUGCAGUAAAUGGAUAUUCACAAGAGAAUGAGCCUACCAAGUUGUCUUCAGAUGCCCCUAAAUGGGUUACGCAGUGGGCCUCCCUAGCAGGCCAGAAACCCCCCAAGCCACCACAGUCUGGGAGUCCCAUUGGAGGCCGCAGAGUUGGAGAAAGAGGUUCCACCGACAACUCCAGGCCUCUGAGGAAGUCUAAGUCAGGAGUUGCUUCAAGAAGACACGAUACACAAUCUCCAAGUUCAACUAGUCCAAUCACAACUCCUAAAAGUGAUAUAUUGAGCCCCAAAAGUGACAGUACUAAAAGUAGCGGGUCAACUCCGUCAUCUAGAAGCAAGUAUUCAUUUGAGACCCAAAGUCCUGUAAGGGACAUCGUAAAGGAAUCCCGGGAUUCAACCUUAAAGUCAAGGUCAAAGAGCCCAAGUGUUAUUAGUGACGUUUUAUCCACAGCACGAUAUGAUGAUGAAACCACCAAAAGUGCCCAAAACUUAGACAAACAUUUUGACGUGAUUGAAACAUCAAGAAGUGUGGCGAGCCUGGAUACACAGGUCCUCUUAAAGGACACCGAAGAUGUUGUGGCAGCGCUUGCAAAUAGACUAUCAUACUCAAGCCCUAAAUUAUCGAAAUCAGCAUCUGCGUCGGCGAAACGACGCAGCCAAUAUCGGAGCCAGGAUAUCAGUGAUAUGAUUGGCUCUCCUGGAUAUAGUGGGGAUUCUGAUGAAACUGAUGUAUCAAGUACGACAGGAGUUGUCAACGGAGUUGAUGAGCCAGCUCAACCUCCACCUGUCAGACAUUCACCAAGAACUAGUAAACCCCCUGCUCAUAAAUCUACAAAUGUUAAAUCUAAAGAAAAAAUUGUUAAAACACAAGGUGCUAAAACUGGACCAAGGAAAAGUCUUCCAUCUUCAUUAGAGGGCCUUGAUGAUGCUAGUUCAGAUUUCAGUGAGGGUAGUCCAAGAUUUGCCCGACGUAACUCGGGCACCAGCAGGGGAGUCAAGACCCCAGCGUCUAUGGGGCUCAAAACCAAUCGUGCCUUUGCUCUAAGAAAGGCACGAUUAGAAGAUGAAGGUACAACUGAUACUCCCAGGUCAGAAAUCUCUGAUGUUUCCUCUGUGACAACAUCCAGUGUGACGUCAUCACGCGCCUCCACCAAGGCAUCUAAAUCACGUGCAAGACACAAGUCUCUCGGUGGCAUAGUAGAUGAUGACAGGAGUAUUCACACGCCACGUACAGACAUUAGCCUUGGUGCAAAGAUCGCUCAGAAAAGUCGUGAUAAUGCACGUAGCAUGAACAGAGCAGAUGGCGGGAGAUUCAGUAUGCGUGGAACUAAAACUAGUCUGGAAUCAAGAGAAAACGAUCUCAAGUCUGGUAGAACUCCACUACAUCAGCGCACUACCAGUAAAACCACACCUAAAUCCACUCCCAAGUCAGGCACCAAUCCCCGAGCUGCUUCACCCCGUAGUGAUGAAUAUAAAGCCUGGCAGAGAAGGAAUAAAUAUGAUGCAAGAAAAGCUGUUGCUGAUGACAAAAAUAAGAAGAAAAGUGAACGUACAAAGAAAAUGAAUCGAUCGCAAUCAUUCACCACCCCAGAGGAUCUACGCAGAAGAGGAAGUGAUACGGCAGAUGAUAUCUCUAGUGAGGACUUUAGUUACUAUGAUGACCAUGAAAGGUCAAGGUCACCACAUUCCAAAGAAAUUGCCAAAUUUAGUAGUGACUUGUCUCGAGACAUUAGUUCAUUGGCCAGUGAUGUUCCUCUCGAACCUCCACAGAAGAUAGGUGGCAUCUUAACUUCAAAUCGGUCCGUGUUUAAGACCCCUUCUCCACAGCGUUCCCCGAUAUCACCUCGAGUGCGUAAUGGGCCUGUGACAAGAGAAAUAGAUGGCAGCAUCUGCAAUAGGAGUCCCGCUGAGUCAUAUGACAGUGUGAUGGUGUCUUCGAUUUACCAGCUUUCGUUAAAACUCCGUGCAACUUCAGAUAGGCUGAUCGAGAAAUUGAGAGAAGACCGAGAGGUUAACGAUCUCCCCUCUCCUAUUGAUGACCUCAUCGACUCAAUGGACGAUAUACCCGCAGCCAAUCAGGAACUUGCUGGCAUUGUAAAGCAUCUACGCAGAGUGGAACAUCAUGUGAAAGUAAUUGACCGUACACUAUACCCUGCUCCAGCAGGAAGUCCAAAAGCUGAGAGAAAUGAACAUAAGAUGUACAUACAAGAGAUCAAGCGCAUCAGGAAUGAAAUCGAUGGAUUUGAACCAAUAGAUAGCGCCAGGGGUGAACAAUCUGAUAGUGAGAGUGGAGACUUGGAGGGAAGUGAAUUCUAUUAAAGGAAGUGAAUGUUCACUCGCAGAUCAUUGGUGGAGAACGUUGAAACUGAUCAUCUAACAGCGAAUGGGAUGAAUUAAUUAUUAUAUAAGUGGAGAAAAUAAACACUGAUGAUGAACAUAAACAGUGAUAUUUCUAGCUCCAUUUAGCCAGCUGAUUGGGAAAAUACAAUAUAAACACAGCAACAUUUCGGGAGGUGAACAAGGCUUUGAAAAAAUUGAGUUUUACAAUAUGGAAUAAUAAUAUUGCCAUAAAAGAUGAAGAGACACCUGGAACUUAUGUAUGAUAUACAAAAAUGUAUGAAAGAUGAAUGGUGUGAUGCUAAAGUUGCAUGGUAUAAAAAUGAAAAUUGUAUGGUAUAAGGUGAAAGAUCUCCAGAACCUUCAAAAGCAGUAAUAAUAUAGAAAACUAAUUUUAGGAAACAUUUCUGUACAAUAAUACUGUAAUGCUUACUGAGUAUUCAUAAAAGGCCAGUUUUGAAAGUGACAUAAUGUAAAAUUUAAGAGACAUGAAAAUCUAAUUGCUGAAGCUGAAUUUGAUGCAGGGUGCUUGAAAUAUUGUCAGUACAUAACAUGUGAAGCCGUUAAUGUGUCUGUGGCUUUAAAAUGGUGCAUAACAAAAUGAUUUGGAGUC